UGGCCGCUCCUCCUUCCUCACCUUCUUCCUCCUGUGACCCAGGGCGGGCUUGGCUGCCUCUUAGCGCGUCGUGGCCACUGCCCUGGCCGCCUCAUGUCAUGUCGCUGCACACCUUGCCGUGCUCGAUGGCGACUUUCCGCCGGAUCCUGGCCAACUUCCCCGAUAACCUGAGCCUGGCCUUCGCCUACGGUUCCGCGGUGUACCUCCAGGCGGGGCCCAACGGCGGCCGCAAGAAUGUUAUGCUGGACUUUGUGUUUUCAGUAGAUGACCCUGUAACAUGGCAUUCAAAGAACUUGCAAAAAAAUCGCAACCACUACUCUUGCUUAAGACUUUUUGGACCCAACGUUAUUGCUAAAGUACAGAAUAACUAUGGAGCAGGAAUCUACUACAAUGCCAUGAUAAAAUGUGAUGGUAAGCUUAUCAAGUAUGGAGUUAUUAGCACUGAUACUCUAAUUCAAGAUCUUCUUAAUUGGGAUACCUUAUAUGUUGCUGGACGCCUGCAAAAGCCGGUGAGAUUCGUGUCCUUCAGUGAGAACAGUUUGCUCCGGACUGCACUCGAUCGGAACCUAAAAAGUGCCGUCACAGCAGCUUUUCUCAUGCUCCCAGAAAGCUGCUCUGAAGAAGAUCUUUUUGUGCAGAUUGCUGGACUCUCCUAUUCUGGUGACUUUCGGAUGCUGAUGGGAGAGGAGAAAAAAAAGGUGGUAAAUAUCGUGAAGCCCAACAUACCUCACUUUCGUGAAUUAUAUUGUUCCAUACUACGCAGUGACCCCCAAGUAGUAUACAAAGAAAAUCAAGGCCGACUUGAGAUAGAUAAAAGCCCAGAAGGUCAAUUCACUCAGUUAAUGACUUUGCCAAAAACCCUACAGCAAGAAAUAAGUUAUCUUAUGGGCACUCCAGGGAAAAACAGAGAUGUAGAAGAAACUUUAUUACAAGUGGCUCAUGAUCCUGAUUGCGGGAAUGUGGUACGGCAAGGACUUUCAGGCAUUGUGAGACCUUCUAGCGUAAUGCAGAGCACCAAAGGGCUCCUAACAGCUGGUUUGAGAAAAUCAGUGAUUUACAGUUCAAUGAAACUGCAAAAAAUGUACACCGGAUGGUCAAAGCAGAAAUCCUAAUGUUGCUUGCUUUUGUACAUGCUGUGUAUAGAUGAAUAAAGUAUCUGAUCUCCUUUUUGUCA